AUUUCGGCCUACAACUCAUACAUUAAGACAUUAUGACUUGCCUGCAAAUCACGAACUUUCUCGAGAAUGGCUCCAAAGUGAUUAUCUUGCUUACCAGCCUGCUUUAUCUUAUCAAUGACCACAUUUGCGUCCCCUUCAAACCAAACAACCACAAUCCAGACACCACUAGAUAGCCUCGCGGAAGACUGGCAGUUCUACUGUUGGUGCAUUAUCAAUAAUUCAAUAUAAUCGAUAUGCAAUCCCCGAGUCAAAGACAAUCAAAUCACUAUGGUCUUUUAUAAUUAUUCCUCCCGACGAAUGUGAUCCACUCCUUAUUGUCCCAUUCCAUAUGCAAGUGACUGAGAUCGUGUUUGAAGCAGUAACACUCUCAAUCUGGGGUGGAUAGUACUAAAUUUGGACUAAAAAGGGCCAAAAAGUGUGAAAACCUCUCUCGCCACCUCUUUGGAUUUGGGUCAUGCUCUUUGGCUUUGCUUCGUCGAUUUGGGUCUCAAAUUAAAUCCAUUAUCAAUUUUGUACAAUUCUCUCCUUGAAGUUUGCAGAGAAUCAAAUCUGUAGGAACCAUAAACUUUGAGGAUCCAAAUUUAUGACCGGGAGAUCCAAAUUUAUGAGCUUCACAAAUUUGAAAAUCUCAUAUCAAGAAGUGAGAUUUGGAACGUGAUAAAAAAAAUUCAUGAUCUAAUCAAGCAAAUCCAAUAAAUUCUUUCAAAUCCAUAAUGGCGACAAAUUCAUUAUAUAUAGAAUUUUUUAAAAUUCAAGUUUUACCAAAAAUGAUAGUUUUAAAAUCGAUGAAGUCAACCAUCCUAGAUUUUCAUUCCAUUAAAAUUCAACAAGAAAUCUUAUUAAAGGUUUCAAAUUAAGAUUGGUGACACUAAAAUUGAGUUUGAGUAUACAAAUAAUAUUGUGGAUUGAUGAAUUAACAAGAAUUACCUUUCUUCAAAAUCCUUCCACGAAUUUGAGGAUUUCCACAAUUUGUUUUAAUAUUGUAUUUUAUUUAAAUAUGCAUGUUGAUGUUAUUUGUUGGAUUUAAAUAUAAAUAUUUUGAUGAUGAAAUUUAAAACUGUAUUGAAAUCAAUGUUUUUUAAUGAUACAAAUCGGUCCGACCAAAAAAUCGCCUCCAAGAGCCCAAGUUAAUAUAUGAUUUGGUGGUAUGAAACGGUUGAACAACGAUUAAAACUAAGAUUUUAUUAUAAAAUAUCAUAUCAUUAACUUAUUCGGUACAGACUUCAUAACACAUUUGAAUAUCUCUUAAAUGAAUACGAGAAUUUGUGAUUUUGCUUGUAAUGUCAUAUCUUAUUUAAAUAUGAAUGUAACUUAUAGUGAUAUUGUAUUGAGAUAAGUUAUACAUACUGAUAAUGUAUGUAUAAUUUUUUUGAUAAAUACAUAUGUAUACUUUUGGUGUUACUGAUUUAUCAUUUUUCCUGAAAAUUUUGUUAAAUUGACAUAAUCAACAUAACCACCAAUUGUAUUCCGAUCAAAUCAUACCCGACUUGACAGUUCAUUAUUGUUCCCUCCAAAUUUCAAACAUAUGAUGUUCCCUCCAAAUUAUAUAAUCCUGGUCCGUUUCUACUGUUCUCAUUCAGGCCCAUGCAGUUGUUCGGCCCAUGAUUGUUUAAUUACUCUCUGUUUCGCCUUAUUCUCCGCCGACUCAUUUCCGAUAUAUCCUUUUUCCAGUCUCAGUUUCAUCUCCAGACCAAAAAUGGAGGCGAAAGACGCUAAAAUCUGGAGGCCAUGGCCCGGAAUCGACGGUGGCGACGACAGGCUCAGCUCUUUACCGGACCAAAUCAUCUCCUACAUCCUCUCAUUCAUGGAAACCAAGUACGCCGUCGGCACCGAAGCUCUCAGUCGACGGUGGGAAGGUCUCUGGACUAGGGUUUCGAUUCUCGACCUCGACAACCGCCUGGUUUACGACGACUCUUCGGACGACGAUCUGAAAAUUGUAUAUGCAUCAGAUGCUAAGAGGAGAGACUCGCAAUUUUGCCACUUCGUCGACAAGGUACUGGGAGAGCAUAAGAAUCUCAAUUCUCUUACUCGAUUCCGCUUCCAUUUCUCAGUGGAGCACCGUCAGUUCUCCACGGUGCUUCGUAGAACUAGGUUUAAGAGAGAAUUGGUGUUUGGUCCUGCCAUUGAGGAGAUUGAUGUUAGGGUUUGUGGGGAAACAGCACUCGGGAUACCCCAAUGUAUGCGCUGCAUUCCAGAAACCUUCUACACUUUGAAGAAUCUGAAAGUUGCCAGGCUUUCGGGGGUUGUACUGGGUGCGAUAAACCGGCCCGUCUUUCUUCCUAGCCUGAAGAUUUUACAGCUUUCGUAUGUUAAGAUGAAGGACUUUGAGUCGUUAGGCAGGAUCAUUUCUGGUUGCCCUGUUCUGGAGAUUGUUCUCCUGGAGAGUUGCCACCCCUCCAGCAAGAAUGAGAAUGAUAGAAUCGAGGUUUCCUUACCGCGUUUGAAGAACUUUAAGGUUAGCGAUUAUGCAAAUUGGGACGAUCCCAUGUGUCCCAUUUUUAUUGAAGCGCCGAAUCUUGAGGAUCUUUAUCUCGAGCACUUCGCUGAGUUGCAGUUCAAAGGCAAAAUUCCAUUGUCUUGCCUUCAUGUGGCACAUGUUGAUGUAGGCCAGGACUGUCGAACCUCGUAUCAUGACAUGAUUCGGCUCCUUUCUCAAAUCUCCAAUGCAAGAAAACUGAGCUUAUCUGGGGAGACUCUGAAUCAUCUGUCAGCUGCCACCGAUGAUGAUGUUCGACUGCCUAUCUUUCCCAUUCUGACGCAUUUGACAAUUGGAAUCGGGCUAUUUGGGCCAACUAGCUGGUUUCUGCACUCUUUGCUAAACUCAGCCUCCAAACUACAAUCUCUUGUCAUUGACAUGAGGGGUCACUGGGGAGUACCAUUGAGGUGGGAAGGUUUAGAAACUGCUUGCAUGCCACACUGUUUGUUAUCAAGCCUGGAGGAAAUCGAGAUUAGGGAACUCGUAGCAUAUCUAGAUGAGAAGAAAAUGAUAGCAUAUUUGCUAAAGUCCGGAGCUGUAUUGAGGAAGGUGAAUAUGCAUGUAAAUAGUCGUUUUCUCGAGUUAAUGGGACGCAAAGAUCUCGUCUCGCUACUAAAGCUUCCAAGACGAUCGAGCACUUGCCAAGUUGAGCUUUUCUUUCCCUUUGAGGAUGAACGAGAUAGCUACAUCGACAGCAAUGGUGAGAGUGACACUGAUGACAGCGUAGAUGAUGGUGACUCUUGACAGCACUGAUGACAAGAUCGACAGCAAAGAUGAUGCCAGCGACAAUGAACCGGAUUCUCUCUGAAGCAUUUCGGUAGGCAAGAAAGGGGUCUCCGAAUUCCCCCUGGGUAAAGAUUCUCAUAUGCUCUCUCUUCUUAUUAGAUGAGUUGUCUCUUUUUAGAGGAAUGGUUUGGAUGCAUAUUACAGUGUAGCAUUUGUUGGAUCAUUCGGUGACGAACAGAAUGUUAUAAGCUCUUGUCUAGAUUGCUUCGUAAGCUAGAUUUGCUCCAUGUUGACUACAAGAUAAGCUUGAUUUGCUCCCUAAUCCAUUGUUAGCUAACCUGAAACAUGUGUUCUUGAACAGUCUCAUCGACGGUAAGGAUUCGAGGGCUCGAAAGAUUAUCAGUCAAGGAAACCAGCUUCCAGAAUCCUUGUAUAUUGUACUAGGCACGUGUUAGAACUUAGAAGUGAAGAUUCUCGAUUCAUUACAUCCAUAUGCGAGUUCAUCGAUGAAUUUGCAUGAUUCUGGGUUUUGGCAAUGGUUUGUAACUUUUGGUGACGGGAAUCACGUCCGCCGCUAAAGCCUGUUAUGAUUCUUCAGAUUAGCAUCACCGGUAGGUCCCUAAUCUUCAGAAUGUGGCUAAAUCAGUCCCUCAAGUUUUGUAAAUGCUAAAAUGAGUUUUAUCAGUAGAAAUUACAGAAUGAAAUUUAUCAGUAAUUAAUUAAUUAAUAAAUUAACUAGUCCAAAUAAUUAAGUGAUAGUCUUUUCCGUUACCGAUUAAUUAAUUUGUAGUUAAUGAGUUGGCUCAUAUAAGUCAAAUAAUAUUCCCAUAUUCUAUUUAAUAUAAUUUAAUUCAAAUUACUAAUGGGUGAUAUGCUAAUUGGAAUAUUAUGUAUAAACGAGAGCACUGUCACGAAAAUUUCAAUUGCGUAGCUAAAGAUGGGAAAUCAUGCGUAAAGUAUAAUAGGAGGAAAAAAUAAAUUUAUGAAAAUAAUUAUAGUAGACUUCAGAGACGGAUAAUAGGAUCUCCUCAUGAAAAAUAAAUCCCGGUUAUCGUACUCAAAUUAUUAAUGAGUCACAUGCUAACUUGAAUAUUAAUGAGUCCCAUGAAUAAGUUGUUAAUAAAAUAUUAUAGGAGAAAACAAAUUCAUGGAAAAUAAAGUGGUGAACACGAAAGGAUUUUGUAUUAUUCUCAUGUGAGUGAAAUGAUGAUAGUAGAUUACAGAGACCGAUAAACGGAACUUCUCAUCUCUCGCUCUUUUAAACAACAAACCAUUUAGCCCCAACAAAUCGAAUUGUGAGAAGUUUUGUAUGUCAUUUCUUUUUAUUUUUACAUGCUAUCUCAAACAAAGUCUUAUUGUAAACUUUCGGUUUUCACAGGUUUAACAUAUUACCCCUUAUGCUAAAUCAUUGUCUAUAUUAGGGAGCGUCAUAACGAUUCGAACACGAGACUUCCCGAUUGAAGGCUCCAAGACCAUAUUAACAACAAAUUAAGUAAUAUCUA